AUGGCCUCUCGCCGCCUGCAACACGUACUAUCGUCGCUCACCCCUCCGGCGGAACCCAUUGGCACGCUUACCAUAGGGGAUAUAACAUACGACGUUCCUGCUACGGCCGCUCCUGCUAGACUGCCGCACUCUGAGGAUGCCUUGCUAGACUUGAGCGAUCCCGUCAAUCUGGAGAACGUCCAGUUCCUGUUGCAGAAGUAUCUACUCGGUCAAGACGUCUUCCUUGUCGGACAGCCGGGGCCCUACGCGCGGAGAUUGGUCAUGACCUUCUGCAGGCUCAUUAACUCUGAGUACGAACACAUCGCCCUCCACCGAGACAUCGGCGAGACCGAGCUGAAGCAAGGCCGUGAGAUUCGCGUAGGGGGUAACCUUGUCUAUGUAGACAGCGCCGCGGUGCGGGCAGUGAAGCACGGGAGAGUGCUAGUGAUCGAAGGAGUAGAGAAAGCGGAGCGCGGUAUCAUGCCUUUACUAAACAACCUCCUGGAGAACCGUGAAUUGAACCUAGACGACGGCACACACAUCAUUCACCCUCACCGCUACGCCCUCCUCGACACCCCUUCGCCGCUGUCAUCCUCCACAGCGAAGCCAGACGCAGUCAAGUUCGUCCCCGCCCACACCCGCUUCCGUGUCAUCGCGCUCGGCGCGCCCGUCCCGCCGUACCCAGGCUACCCGCUCGACCCGCCCUUCCGCUCGCGCUUCCAAGCGCGCUUCGUCGACCCCGUCGGUGCGAUGAUGGCGCUCGCCGCGCCCCGUCAUCCCGACACCGACAGCCCGUCUAGCUCCGAACCCUUCUCCCCCGCCCGGAUUGUCACCCCUGCUUUGUCGGAGGGCGACGGGGGCCUGUACGAGAAGCUGAGGCAGGUGAUCAUCGCGACGCAGUACGCGAGCGAGGCGCGGACGUCGCUCGAUAGCAGUGCGCGCUCGACGCUGCCCGCGUUCCCGCAGACUGCCCUCGCGAAGCUGCGCGCCCUGCUGGAUACUUUCCCUGUGCCCGCAUCUGCCGCCCUUUCACCCGUCCUCCUGGCGCGUGUGGUACUGGCGAUCCACCCUGCGCUCACGCACGCGCCGUUCGUUGCGUGGGCGUUGCUUUCGCGGCAGCUCGAAGAGGUGGGUGUGGGUGCCCUGGGGAGCCCCGCUGGGAACCAGGACGACUCAGCCGACUAUGAGGGCGCCGGCCUGCUCGGCUACACCCUACUCAAGGUCGAACGCGCAGGCGAGCGGACAGCCCGCCUCACCUUCGCCUCGCCUUCUGGCGCACACCUCAUCGUAUCGGCCCCUGCAGGCCCGCGCACUUUCUUCUCAUAUCCUUUCCUCCCACAGGACACCGAGACGCUGGGGUUCCUCCCCACGCCGCGGUUCACCGGCCUCCUGACGAGUGUGCUCCAGGCGCACGCGCUCGGAUACGACGUCUCGCUCGUCCCGCCCGCGCUGCCCGGUGCGAGCUGCAGCACGAGCACGCUCAUGCGCAUCUUCGCGCGGGUGCUCGGGUACGAGAGCGAGGAGUGGGGGAUGUACAAGGAGCUUGGCGGGCGGGAGCUCGUCAUGCGAAGGGUCGUACAGGAGGGCGGGGCGACGCGGUGGGAGCCGAGCUUGCUCGUUGAGGCUGCGUGGGCGGGGAAGAUGGUGAGAUUGGAUGGAUUGGAUACGCUCGGGAGUACAGCGGGCUCGCUUGCCAGGCUUACGCAAGACCGGGAGUGCGAGCUGUGGGAGGGGAGGAGGAUCGUGCAGUCUGCUUCGGAAGAGGAGCUGAGGAAAGAUGGCCUGAGCGUCGCACACCCUUCUUUCCGGAUGAUCGCCACUGCCUCCAAGUCGCAGCCACUGACUGACUGGCUCAACGCUGAGCACGCUAAUAUGUUCUUCACUCUACCUCUCCUCCCCAUGCCUCGCGCGGAAGAACGCGCGAUUCUCUCGCAGACCGGGUGUCCCCUUUCCGCGAUCAACGCCCUCCUGGAAUUUGCGGACCGGUACCGCGCUCGCUUCACUGGCGGGGAGUCGGCUUCGAGCUCUACAGUGCAUACGCAGAAGAAUAGGAAGCUUGGGACGCGCGCGUUGGUCAGAAUAUGUAAGAGAGUAGCGAGGGCGCGAGAAGGGGAGGAUGAGGACUUGAGGGUGCUCCUAGAGCGUGCGGUGCUGAAAGAGUUCUUACCCCGCACGGAGGCCAUGUGCCUUGAGGAGCUGCUCGAGGAGUGUGGUAUCCCGCGCAAGAGCCCACCUUUCAACCCUCCACCUGUCGUCUCGAAAGACGGAAUCACCUUUCCUGCAUCAACCAGCUCGUCGCCUGGCAGUGAAUCUCUGCUUGAGACGCAGAAGGCGACGUUCGUGCCCGCCUUCGAUCCUGCACAGGACCUCGAGGGCGUGCAGACGCAUGUCCCGCACAUGGAUCACUUCUAUGACAACAGCUUGCAGACGGGCUUGAUGAGGGAUAUGGCCGUGGAUCUUGAGAUGGCUUCUAUUCAGGGUGUAGGCAAGAACAAAAUCAUUGAUCGGUCACUGCUCCGACGCCCCCGCGAAUAUAUUCAACUCCACCGCGACACAACCGUCAACCAACUAAUGUUCACCACUGUUCUGUCCCAAGGCACGAUUGAAUACACCGAUUCUCCCCUGCUACGCGCCAUUACCCACGGGCGUAUCAUGGUCGUCGACGAGGCUGACAAGGCUGCCGAGCAUGUUGUCGCAAUUUUCCGAGGCCUCGCAGGUCAUGGACAACUGACUCUGGCGGAUGGACGGAGGGUCCGCAGACAGAAGGAGCGCGAGGGCGAUUUGGUCGUUCAUCCGGGCUUCAGACUCAUCCUCCUCGCGAAUCGACCAGGCUAUCCAUUCUUGGGAAACCACUUUCUCCAAGUGCUCGGUGACAACUUCAGCUGUCACGCGGUGAUGAACCCUGACCUCCACAGCGAAAUGAGGCUACUUUCUCAGCUGGCGCCGGACCUGAAAGAAGAUAUGAUCAUUCAACUCAUCAACAUUGUCCGGCAUAUGCAAACGUAUCCGAGCGACCCGCUUGAGGCGACACUGCGAAACAUCUUUGACUUCGACGUCUAUAAACCGGAGACGAUCACGAAGUUGGGUGAGAUUCUUGACCACCAUGGGUUAAUGGUGAAACGCCUUGGACUGGACGCCGCUCGCGACACUGCACAACAGAAAGUGCUAGAUGUCAAGUUCGAGCCGAAGGGGAGAACAGAUGUUUCAAGCCCGAAGUUUGGAAAGGUAGACCCGCAGGACAAGCCCCAUACAGGAGGCAAUACAUGGGCUGGAGGAGUCUCCGACACUCUCAAGAACGAUGUGCCUGACCAUGUCAAGGAAAAGGCACGCGAGAUGGCUCGGCAGGAGCUCGCACGCAGGCUCGAAGAACUCGACAUGAAGGUCAGCGAAGCAAAAGGCUACGGGGCACUGCUUAGUGCUGUGGAAUCACACGUUGCAACCCUGCAUGACCUACUAGAGAACUUGGCUGCGAGGGAGGAAGAACGCGUUUGGGUGAAACGACAGACAGAUGGCGAGCUAGAUGACAGUCGCCUGACCGAAGGUCUGACUGGCGAGGCCACUGUGUACAAGCGUAGGGGAAUGGCAAAACCUGAGCUAGGUCGACCGCAAAUCAAACCGAAGCGUAUUCGAUUCGUCUUCGACAUCAGCGCUUCGAUGUAUCGCUUCCAAUACGAUGGGCGGCUGCAAAGAAGCAUGGAGACCGGCAACUAUUCCGGGGACUCGCCCGUCAUCCCGUUGGUUGAAUCGGACAAGCUGCCGACCGAGAUCAGGGAUAGAUGGAAGGUCGCCGAGAAGAUGGAGCUCGUUACACAGUAUGCUUUCGCCGGCGACUAUACAGUGGAAGCCAUUGACAAAGCGGUCAAUGAAGUAGCCAAGUUCGAUGCUGAAGAUCUACAUAGGGUCAUGACACGCCAGCCGAAGGUCCACACUGCCCUUAUUUGCAUCGGAGAAGGUGCCGAGGCCCUGUGGAUCCCCAAGAAGCUGCAGGGGAGAGGCUUCCGUGUCACGAACACAGCAGACAUUCCGGUGGUGCUCCGAAGUAUAUUGGCCACCAUGGUGGAUCGGUGA